GUUUCCUGCGGGUUGGGUGCACGAAGUACACGCCCCACGCCAAGGGAUGUCACGACGAGCACGCAAUUUAUCUUUUUGUCAUCUUUUUUUAGUUUUUUUGAUUAGUUUUUUAGCUUUCCAGCCGCUAGUUCCCAGCAGGAGGGACAAGGCGCGCGGUAACGGCAAACGCACGACUAAUGGCGCGCCAGCCACCACUAAACCCAAAACCUGGCCACUGUGGCUUCCCUUGUCAGCAGUAACAAAAUGUACAUCAUGUUGUGUGUGUGUGCGGGUUUGUGUGUUCAACAACUUUUGACGUCUGGCAUUUGGGAUAUCUCAUUGAAUUGUUUAAAAGAGGUUCCUUUCCCGUGACCAUCAUAAAAUCCCAUUUACCGGAUCUUUUGCUUUUUUGCCUGAUAACUCCCCCGACUGCGA